AUGGUGGACCGCGGCGGCGUGGAGCGGGACGGCGUGACCGUCCUGUCGUGGCAGCGCCUCCCGUCGCAGCUGGUGCAGCAGCACGCCGACCGGCUGCAGAUGAAGCGGCCGCACUUCCACCCAGUCCAGCCCUCAGAACCGGUGCGUGUGCGUCGCAGAGACGGCUUGUUCCGGUUCAGGGUGGUGCUCCCCGACCGCAAGAACAGCGCCAAGGACAUGGCGUUCUGCCCAACCGAGUCCUUCCACACCGCGGCGCAGGGGAAGGAGCACGCGGCCCUCCUCGCGCUGCUCAAGCUGCAGGGAGACCAGCCGCUCGAGAGAAAGCUGCCGGAGCCGUACAAGACGACAUGGCUGCAGAGCGUGGCGGAGAUGAAGGGCGAAGACAAGCGGCCAUUGGCAAGGUGGGAGAAGGCGAAGAAAGCGCGAGAAGACAAGGCGAAAGAAGAGAAAGAGAAGCAGAAGGCCGAGGCUAAGCCCACCCUCGGCGACUCUCUGUGGGGGGGCUCCGUUGAGAAGGAGGAAGAACAAAAGAAGAAGAACGAAGCCAUCCGAAGGGCGGCGGAGGGUCCCGCGGCGGUCGUGCUGAAGGCGGACACCAAGUACGUGUCCCGCUUCGAGGCGGACAAGGCCAGGGCCGACAAGGAGAAGGUCGUGAAGGACAGGAAGCGAAAGGCGGAGGCUCGGGCGCGGUCCAACACGGACAUGAAGGUGAUGAUGAGCGCCCGGCUCAGAAAAAUCCUCGAGGAGGCGCUGGGUCUGACGGAGGAGCGAGAGCGGCAGCGAGACGGCGGCGCGGAGCACCACGGCCUGACUCUGGACGGACUCGAGGGGACGGAUCGGGCGGCCCUGGAAAAGGUCCAAGGGAUGGGUUUCCCGGCGGAUGAUGUGCUGCGAGCUGUAGACGCGUGCCCAGGGACGGAGGGCGAAACGCUCGGGCAGCGGGCCGAUGCCCUCCUGGAGUGGCUGUGCCUCCACCUCGAGGAGGCGGAGCUCCCGAAGGGCUUCGAUCCGCGCGGGAGAAACCUGGACGUGAUUCGUCCCGGACAAGACUUCGGGACCUCUAGUAGUAGUGUUAGCGGUGGUGGUGGGGCAGGAGCAGCAGCAGCAGCAGCUGAGGAAGAAGCGGGAUCAGGAUGUGGCGGGGAGAUCGCGGCAGGAGAUUCCGUGGAAGGCAAGCUGUUGCAGUACGGGUUUGGUCAUGCGGAGGUCGCGGCGGCUAUUGCGGGUGCAAGCACAGAGGAGGAGGAGGAGGAGGAGGAGGAGGAGGAGGAGAACGGCAAUGAUAGCUUGGACGCGCGCUUGUUGCGCCCGCUGAAGAUUCUCGCCGGCGGCUUGGUGCCCGCGUCGGCCAGGAAGCAGGGCGGCGGCGGCGGCGGGGCGGCGGGCUUGGAUGCGGAAAUAAUGACGGAGGAAGAGGGGCGGGAGGCGGUGGACGAGGAGGUCAUGUCCCUGGAGGCUAUCUACGAUGGGGCGGUAGCGGUCGCUCCGAACAUGCCUGAGGGGGCAUAUCUUCUCUCGUUCGAUCUGACCAACCUAGCCUCCCUACCGACCAAGGCCUGGCUAGACGUGUGGAUCCCCCAGGCGGGAGGCUUGGGCGGCUACCCCUCCGAGGCCCCCGCGGUGGCGCUGGUGCGCGGGCCGGACCUCCUGGCGGCGGGGCUCCUGCACGCCGCCCAAAUCGCUCUCGCCCGCCGCGCCAAGUCCUUGAUCGGGAACCCCGCGGUCUACGACAUCUUGAUGUGGGCCCUCGACGAGCUCCCGGCGAUUCUCGCGGUUCCCGCGACGGGGCGGGCGGCCCGAAGGAAGGAGGCGGCCGCCGCGGCGGCGGUAAGCGCCUCGGUGGGGUAUGGCAGUCCAGGCGUGUCCGUGGCCGGCGGCGGCGGCGGCGGCGGCGGCGGGGGUGACUGCGCGAAGGGCGGCGGCGAGGGCGGUGUUGAUCGCUCGGUGCGGCCUCGCCUGCCCGGGACGGAGCCGCUGUGGUCGGGCGGGGCGUCGUCGUUGGAUGGCCGGAGCGGGGGAAGAGAUCGCGGUGGUGGUGGGUGGGGAGGAGGCCGAGGGGGAGCGCGCCAGCAGCAACAACGCGGUAGAGGCAGCGGCGGCGGCGGCGGCGGCCUUCCCCCUGGAGAGCGGAAGCGCGGCAGGGAGAAGGUCGAAGCUUCGAGGGAGUUCGAGAGCAGAAGGCGGCAGCGGGCGGCGCUGCCGGCGGCGAAGGCCAAGGCGGAGUUCUUGUCGCUGGCGCGGCGGAGCCAGGUGGUUCUGGUCUCGGGGGAGACCGGGUGCGGAAAGACGACCCAGAUCCCCCAGUUCUUGCUGGAGGAGUGGGAGGAAGGGGGGGCCCCCGGCGACGGACCCGACGACCUGAGGGUGCUCGUGACGCAACCGCGGAGGAUAGCGGCGGUCGGGGUGGCCCAGCGGGUUGCGGACGAGCGGUGCGAGAGGCUCGGGGCAGGGGUCGGGUACAAGAUCAGGGGCGAGAGCAAGGCCGGCCCGGACACCCGACUGCUGUUCUGCACCACCGGCCUGCUGCUGCGCCGCAUGCAGGGGGACCCGCGUCUGGAGGAGCUGACCCACCUGGUGGUGGACGAGGUGCACGAGAGGCACCUCGACGCCGACUUCUUGCUGGCGCUGCUGAUCGGCAUCCUCCCCAAGCGACCGAAGCUAAAGGUCAUUCUCAUGAGCGCCACGCUGGACACCGCCCGGUUCGCCGCCUACUUCGGGGGCUUGUCGGGCCUCCCCGGGGGAAAAACGCCGGUGCUGCACAUCCCGGGACGAACCUUCCCGGUCCGCGACCUGUACCUGGAGGACGCGAUCGCGGCGACGGGGCACCGGCCGCGCCUUAAGAGGAAGCAGGCCGCCGCCACCCCGGGAACAACGGGGGGAGGGGGCGAUUCCGCCGCCGCCGCCGCCGCCGCCGCCGCUUCGGCGAAACCUGACGAAGGGAGCGGGGGUGGGGCGGGGAGGCCUGGCGGUCUCGAGGGUCCCAGCCAUUGGCUCCAGGAGUUCGAGGAGGAGGAGGACGACGACGAGGAGGAGCUGGCGCAGCGGGAGCGGGAGCGGGGGGCCCUGGGAGGGUUGGACAUGGACCGGGUUGACGAGGACCACCUCGACUAUGAGCUGCUGGUAUCGCUCGUCCUGUACGCGGUUAGUCCACAGGGCGAACGCGAGCUGGGCCUUCGCGGCGGGGAGGGGGAGGAAGCCGGUGGUGAUCGAGGUGUGUCCGGCUCCGUGCUGGUGUUCAUGCCGGGGACGAUGGAGAUCGACCGGCUGUGCCGCGAGCUCGAGCACGCGACGGAGGGGGGGCAGGGCCUUUGCGUGCUGCCUCUCCACGGGUCCCUGCCCCCUCAGAGGCAGCGCGCCGUGUUCGACCCCCCGCCGCGGGGGAAGCGCAAGGUGGUGGUGAGCACCAACAUCGCCGAGACCAGCAUCACCAUCCCAGACGCCACCGUCGUCGUCGACAGCUGCCGCGUCAAGGAGAUGGGGUACGACGUCGCGCGGCAGAUGCCCCGGCUGCAGGAGUCGUGGGCGAGCCAGGACUCGCUGACGCAGCGGAAGGGGCGCGCCGGCCGGGUCCGCGAGGGGGUCUCCUUCAAGCUCCUCCGGAGGAAGACGUUCGCCAGGCUCCCCGCGCACGGCACGCCCGAGAUCAAGAGGGUGCCCCUCGACCACCUCGUCCUGCAGAUCAAGGCCCUGGGCGUGGAGGAGCACCCCUCGGUCGUGCUCGCCCGGGCGCUCGACCCUCCGGACCCGAAGGCAGUGCAGGACGCCGUCGACGUGCUGACGGACCUCAAGGCGCUCGGCGAAGGGGCGGAGCUCACUCCCCUGGGCUGGCACCUUGCGGCCCUGCCCUGCCCGGUGCAGGUGGGCAAGAUGCUAAUCUACGGGGCCGUUCUAGGCUGCCUGUCCCCCCUGCUCUCGAUCGCCGCCGGUCUCAGCUGCCGGUCCCCCUUCCUCUCCUCCGGGGACCCCGAAAAGCGGGAGGCCAUCGACGCCGCCAAGAAGCGCAUGGCGGCGGCCGGAGGGGGUCGGAGCGACCACACCCUGCUUGCCGUUGCGGUGUCGGAAUGGGAGGCCGCGGGGGACGCCGGCGGGGGCGGGGGCGGCGGCGGCGGCGGCGGGCGGUGGGGUGGCGGGGACAGGGCGAGGAAGGCGUUCUGCGCGGAGAACGGCAUAAGCUUCGAGCGCAUGCGGGAGCUGGGGGAGGUGCGCAAGCAGCUCGCGCAGGCCCUGGCCGGGAUCGGGUUCAUCGCGAGCUCGCGGGCGGCGUUCGACCCCCGGGCGAGCGUGAACGCGCAGGCCCGCAGCUGGCGCGCGGUGAAGGCGGCCGUGUGCGCGGGGCUGUACCCGCGCGUGAUGCGGGUCCGCCGGCCGAUGGAGAAGUUUGUGGACCUGGUGGGCGUCGGGGCCGUCCCCGUGCGGCACACGGCCAAGGAGUUCCAGUUCUUCACGCGCUCGAGGGGGCCGGACUCCGGCCCGGGCAAGGACGACCGCGUCUUCAUCCACCCUUCGUCGAUAAACUUCAGGACGAACGACUGGUCGUGCCCGUGGCUGGUGUACCACGAGCGGGUGCACACGAGCAGGGUCUUCGUGCGCGACUGCACGGAGGUGUCGCCGUACGCGCUGCUGCUGUUCGGCGGCCAGGUGGCCGUGCAGGCCGGGCUGGGGAGGAUCGCGGUGGACGAGUGGGUCCGGUUCGAGGCGGUCGGGCGUAUCGCCGCCCUGGUGAACCGGCUCAGGCAGCGGCUGGACGCCAUGCUGUGGGAGAAGAUCCAGGACCCGAGGCUGGACGUGGCCGGGUCGAAGCUCUCGGAGGCACUCGUGGAGCUCCUUCAGACUGAUGGCAUGGGCUAGAGGCUAGGCUUGGUUCAAUCCCACGACGUCGUUCGCCUGAUUCACCUCCCACAUAUGUGCCUGAAGCGUGUGUGAUUGAAUCCCACGACGUCUUUCGUCUGAUUCACUAAAAUAAUUGUGCCUGAAGCGUGUGAUUGAAUCCCGCGACGUCUCUUGUCUGAUCCACCUAAAAAUAUGCACCUGAAGCACGUGUGGCUGAUUCACCUAAACGAAUGCGCCUGAAGCAUUGCGCGUGUUUUUUCUCGGCAGCAGUUGUUGCUGGAAAACGUUGUGGAGCACCGCCUGAGACUUGGUCGUGACGGGGCUGGGUUUUGUGCCGGGAGCGUUGGUGACGUGGGUUUUACUCACGCAAGCCGAGAGGAUUUGCCCACUAUUCGUCAGCAGUGAAAUGCUUGUGGCAGCGGCCAGUCACCUGCCCUGGACGACUGAGCCCUUGUGGCCACGAGACGGCGAUAGAGCCCAGGAAGGCGUUUUGUACAAGAUGCCCUAUCUUACGUUUCAGAAGGUUUGGUGGUGACA